AUGGGAUCUACAAUUGGUAGUAUUAACGGAGUUGGAGAUAUAUACCAGCCCUAUGAAUAAAAGAAACUGAACUAUACAGGAAUCAUGUCUACUGGUUUCAAGGAUUUCUUAUUGAGACCGGAAUUGCAAAGAUCAAUAGUUGAUUGUGGUUUUGAGCAUCCAUCUGAAGGAGUAGAUAUAAUAUGCUAAGCGAAAUCUGGAAUGGGAAAAACUGCUGUAUUUGUGCUUACUACUUUACAUCAACUUCACCCAUAACCUAAACCAAUAUGUAUCCUUGUAUUGUGUCAUACAAGGGAACUUGCAUUUUAAAUUAAAAAAGAAUACGAUAGGUUUUUGUAACAUUUUGGUGAUUCUGUGACUUGCAAUGUAAUUUAUGGUGGAUAGCCAAUCUAAGAUCAUAUAAAAAUCUUGACUGAAAAGCCUCCAACUGUUUUAGUGGGUACUCCAGGUAGAAUUUUAGCAUUGGUGAAGGGUUAGCAUUUAAAAUUUGAGAAUUUAAGAGUCUUUGUUUUGGAUGAAUGUGAUAGAAUGCUGAGUGAGCUCGAUAUGAGGCAAGAUGUUUAAUAAAUUUUCAAAAUGACUCCUUACUAGAAAUAGGUAAUGAUGUUUUCUGCCACACUUGGACAAGAUAUUCGAGUGGUUUGCAAAAAAUUUAUGAAAAAUCCUUUUGAAAUCUAUAUUGACAAUGAUACUAAACUCACUUUACAUGGACUGUAAUAAUACAUCGUAAAACUCAACGAAGACUGUAAAACUAAAAAACUUAUUGAACUUUUGGACUCUCUACUUUUCAACCAAGUCAUCAUAUUCGUAAAGACAUCCUAAAGAGCUGAAGCUUUGAGCAAGCUAUUAUCAAAAUAGAACUUUCCUUCAACAUUUAUACAUGGACAAUUGGUUCAGGAAGAAAGGUAAAUAAAAAUUGUUCUCGUCUGA